AGCUGCGGGCUGGUGCCUCAGUCUGUGUCGCUGCUGGUCUCUUCGUGGGUUUGUUGUGUAAAUGUCCUGCGUGAUGUUCUGCCGGGAUUAGUCCACGCGUCCAAGAGGACAACAUGGCGGCGGCGGCAGAAGGUGUCCCCCUCCCCACUCCCACGGAGGACAUGAACGGGGCCGGGUCGCUCAUGGACUUCCUGGACGAGCCGUUCCCCGACGUGGGGACCUACGAGGACUUCCACACCAUCGACUGGCUGAGGGAGAAGUCCAGGGACACGGACCGGCACCGAAAGAUCACCAGCAAGAGCAAAGAGUCCAUCUGGGAGCUGAUCAAGAGCCUCCUGGACGCCUGGUCCGGAUGGGUGGUAAUGCUGCUCAUCGGCCUGCUCUCUGGUGGCGCCACUAGGUGUCGCUCUCCCCGCAGCCUGAGGCUCCAUCAAGGGGAAACUGGAGGUCAGGUGUUGAUUUCCUGGUUGAUUCAGGUGUGGUUGGGUCACACGUUGUUGGUUGAUGGUCGGGAGUCACGUUACCUGGGUGUUGGUGCUCGACGCUGUAGAAAACGGACUGAGAUCUGCUGACAGUUGUCAUGGAAACACAGCUGGUGAAACCUCCCAGUGUGAUGAAGACGCCUCCAGGCCUUCAUC